GUUUGUCGAAAGUCGGUUCUUUCGUACCAGCAGGGACACACCGCUCCCUCCUGCCGAGAUUCACCAUGGCCUCUGCACUGACUUGCACACCUCUCACUUCGUGUUUACUGUUGUUUACGUUACUGUUCGCCGGCGCGUUUUGCGACGAUGCUGAAGAAGAUGAGCACGCCAAGCACACGUACACCGUGGAGAUGUUUAACGAGGCGGUGCCCACUGCACCCCACUUUGUCAUGUUUUACGCCCCGUGGUGUGGCCACUGCCAGAGACUGCAGCCCGCAUGGAACGAACUGGCGGACAAGUACAACGGCAUGGACGAGCCGCCGGUCUACGUGGUGAAAGUAGACUGCGUCCAGAACACCAAGUUCUGCUCCAGCGAGCACGGCGUUAGAGGAUACCCAACACUGAAGUUGUUUAAGCCGGACCAAGAAGCAGUAAAGUACCAGGGGCCCAGAGAUCUGCAGUCUUUGGAGACGUGGAUGCUGAAGACACUCCAGGAAGAGCCUUCAGAACCAGAGAGCGAACAGGAACCUCCUAAAGCCCCGGAGCCUAAACAGGGCAUGUAUGAGCUCACUGCAGCAAACUUCAAGGAACACAUAUCCAAAGGUGUCCAUUUCAUAAAGUUCUUUGCACCGUGGUGCGGCCACUGUAAAGCCAUGGCGCCGACCUGGGAGCAGCUGGCCUCCACCUUUGAGUACGCUGACGAUGUGAAGAUAGGAAAGGUGGACUGUACGCAGCACUACGAGGUGUGCUCUGAGAACGGAGUCAGAGGAUACCCAACACUGCUGUUCUUCCACAACGGACAAAAGACAGAGCAGUACAAAGGGAAGAGAGACCUGGACUCUUUCAAAGAGUUCGUGGACAACCAGCUGAAAGCUGCGCUCAACGCCGAGGUCAAGGAGGAGCCAGCUGAUGAGCAAGAUUCAAACGAGAUUCCCACCGACGAGGCAGCGAACGAGGAAGUGAAGUCCGACGUUUUGGUCCUGACUGAGAGCAACUUUGACGAGACGGUAGAAAAGGGCUUCACCUUCGUCAAGUUCUACGCCCCAUGGUGUGGCCACUGCAAGAACCUCGCUCCAACCUGGGACGACCUUUCCAAGAAGGAUUUCCCCGGCCUCACUGACGUCAAGAUUGCCAAAGUGGACUGCACCGUCGAGCGCACCGUCUGCAACAAGUACUCUGUGCGAGGUUACCCCACGCUGAUAAUCUUCAGAGCUGGGGUGCAGGGUGACGAGCACCACGGGGGCCGGGACCUGGAGAGUCUGCACAGCUUCGUGAUGAGGCAGGCCAGAGACGAGCUGUAGGAACGGACCCGACGCCUCGCUACCUGGAACCUCCUUUCAUUUUGGCCAGCAGGGCAACAAUCUGCCCUGCAGCUGCCAAGCUUGAUUCCCUUCAGCUAGGAGUUAAGCCACUGACGGACCGACGUCCUCAUCUGGGUCUCUUGUUUUUCCAGACAGAAUAAUUGUGUUUGAAUGUAUUUUGUUUUUUUACCAAUCUCCCAAGCUCAAAUCUUAAUCUGGUGAAGAUUAAGAUGCUGGUUGGACCCGUAAAUGAAAGCCUGAUGAUCUCUGCUCCACUGAAAACCAAAAAAGCCCAACCACAGUUGUACCAACAUGUUCAUUAAAAACAUGUUUUUUUUGCCCACUAAGUUUUAACUGUAAGACGUCAUUGUUGUGAAACCGACUCAAGGUUGUAAAAGUUGUCCCACGA